UUUCUCUUCUUCUUCUUCUUUCGCUCUUCCCUGCCCAGCUCACGUCUCCCUUAUUUCCUGAUUUUUUUUCAACUGCGAUAUCAGACAAAUUUCCGCUAUCGUCAGCUAAAGCUUUAGCGUUAACUCUAUCCAAAACCCUUGGAAAUUUUAUAUUGACUACGAUUUUCAUCCACCGUUUUCUCCCCACGCUAAUUUUAUAUCUGUGUUUGUUAUAGAGGGAGCUGAAUUUUUGGUUUGUUUUUUGGUCCUUGCCCGUUCUGGAUGGCUGCGAGUGCGAACACGGCGGCCGGAAAUGGUAAUAAUGGCAGUAAUGGCCAGGAAGCGGCGAAUACUGCGAAUGGUUCCACCGCCAACGGCCUCUCUGUCUCGGAUAACUCGGUGGUUGGGCCCACCAACGCGGCGCUUCGACACAACCCCGGCCUCUCCGUCGAAUGGGCCUCCGAAGAGCAGUCUCUCUUGGAGGAAUUGCUCAAAGAAUAUGCUUCUGAAAGUAAUUUAGUUCGGUAUGCAAAAAUAGCUAUGCAGUUGAAUGACAAAACUGUUCGGGAUGUUGCCCUAAGAUGUAGAUGGAUGACAAAAAAGGAAAAUGGCAAGCGGAGAAAAGAAGAUCAAAAUUCAUCAAAGAAAAGUAAAGACAAAAAGGAAAAAGUUACUGACUCUAUGCCAAAGUCUACACAUGUUUCAAAUCGUACUAAUGGCCAUCCUUAUGGUCAAUCUGUGAUGUCCAUGGACAAUGAUGAUGGCAUCUCUUACAAAGAUAUUGGUGGUACCACUGGGCAACUUCUUGAGCAAAAUGCCCAGUCCUUGGAUCAAAUUUCUGCAAAUGCUGCUGCCUUCAAGAUACAUGAGAAUAUUGGGCUUUUCUGCCAAGUUCGAAAUAAUAUCCUCACAAUCUUACAUGAUAGCUUGAACGAUUCACCGGAAAUAAUGAAGCAGAUGCCACCGCUCCCUGUGAAGUUGAAUGAAGAGCUUGCCAACUCUAUCCUUCCUCUACCUUCCAUGCCAAAACCAUCUUGAGAUCCUGGCCUGGGUUGCCAUUGCUGUGCUGACUCCUCUUGUUAAGACCCUUUUGAUUAAUAUCUAGAUAGAAAAAAUAAAGUGGCUGGCUAUUCUGGUCGAGCUGUUCCUCAGUUAGUUAUAAACUUGCAGUGGAAUAUUUAUUCAUUUUUAGGCAAUGCAAUGCAGCAGCAGUAAUUUGGUUUCCUUGUUUGGGUAUGUUUAGGAUUAGUUAAAUGUAGAAUGUGAAUACAGUUAGUGUUGUUAUAGCAUAGGAAGGAAGUAGUGGAUACUGUAAAUUGUUGAAGGAGAAAAUCUCAUUCUAUAUUUGCUUCUUUGAUCUGUAAUUUCUAUCAGACUCCAACCUUGUUUUGUUUAUCACUCAUCAAUGUUAGUCUCUCGUUACAGAUU